AUGCCGUUUUCCGAGGGUGACGCUAAGAAGGGUGCCGGUCUUUUCAAGACCCGCUGUGCGCAGUGCCACACCACCGAGAAGGGUGGCCCCAACAAGGUUGGUCCCAACCUGCACGGUGUCUUCGGCCGCAAGUCCGGUCAGGCUGAGGGCUUCAGCUACACCGCUGCCAACGUGAACAAGGGUGUCACCUGGGACGAGGAGACUCUCUUCGAGUACCUCGAGAACCCCAAGAAGUACAUUCCUGGUACCAAGAUGGCUUUCGCUGGUCUCAAGAAGGACAAGGACCGCGACAACCUCAUCACCUUCAUGCGCGAGGCUUGCAAGUAA